UUGAUUUGAAGCAUGUGAAUCAGUUGCCCAGUGUUUGGGGAUUCGUGCGUAAAACCGAUUGCGUAUCUGAGCGUUGGAUAAUUUACUGCGCUACACUUUUAAAAAAUGGUUAAUAGAUAUUUUUGACUUUAUUUGAGCAGAAUAAAAGACAGUUUGCAAUAUUUUAUGGGAACUGCAGAGGGCAUUGACUCGUUAACAAGGGCGCAAAGUUGCGCAGGCGCUCUUUAAGUAAGAUUUAUAGUGAGGGGAAAAACUUUAAACAUUUUUAGGGUAUGAAUAUGUGCCAUCUUUUCAGAAUUAAGUCCCCUAAGACGUGUAUCUCCAUGUACAAUACACUGUAUAAAAACUGUUCAUGUGCCGGAUUCCAUUUUGUAUUCCAACGCUCAACUGGCUUAAAUUCUAAUCCGUAAAAUGUGUAAUGAAUGCCAUGCGUAUUUUCAUGGACUUAAAUUAGAAAUGGUAGAAAUAUUCGAGGCAGUUAUGUACUGUUGUCUCUAAGUGUUACAGGCUUUGCUACUGACACGGGAAUUAGACCAAACCCAAAUUGUUAAAUGUAUCCGGCCACGCAUAUUGUUCUUACUUGCCAUUAUAAGGAGAUCUCAGCCAGCCUCAGUGCACCAGAGUGUGAGUGUUGGUCACUACCUGCUACAUCCAAACAAUAGAGAGUUCAGCCAGGGGACACGGCCGGCUCUGACCAAUCACCGGCUCAGAGCACUUCUUCUGACCCCUGACCUCUCGACACACACAAUGUUCAGAUCAUACAUCAGCGUGGAGACCUCCGCGAGCUUUUUCUUCUCAUUUAAGAUUCGCCCAGAGACAACACGGAAACAAAAACGGCGUUUUGAGUGUGAAUCCGAGCCAUGAAUUUUCCCAAAAUUAUUCUUAGAGACAGCUCUCCUGCAAUUCAUCACAGAAACACCCCUGUCAGGCCGUGUGGAGAGGGGAGAUCUGAGCACAAACAUGCUGUUGUUGUGCAUGUAACUUAGUGGGGUUUUCGAUAUCUUUUGGCACUGGCGGUUUAUUCUCAACAUAUACGCCAGUAAUUGCACAAAGAACGGGCUUGCAAUGCUUCAAAUUAUUACUUAGAUCAAAGGGACGUUCACCAGAAUUCCCAAAGUAGCCUAAAAUCCACAAAGUGACAUGUGCCACAUCUCGUAGCUUUGUGGUAUUUUUUUUGUUUUGUUUCGCAUGUCAUCCAUGUAUUAACUGCAUAUGUGUGCCUACAGAAAAUGAAAGUGACAGAAUUUGCUGCAGAAAUGUGAAAUCGUGCCUCUGCACAAGCUCCCCAGCUCUGUGCAGCGCUUGCUGCAAACAUGGAAGCUGUGCGGAAGAUGGCGUUGAGGCUGAUUGGCACCGAUUUUGCGCAGACUCCAAGAAGUCUACUUGUUAAAUUACAAAUUUCAAGUCAUUUGCCUCGCGAAUAGAGGUCACUUCCAAUGUACUGAAAUUUUAAUUCGCCGGUUCACGUGACUCGUUGAAUAAUGAAUGCCCCGGGGUCAGAAAUAGAUCUGAAAAUCUGCCUUAUUUUCAUUUGAAGUGAUUCUCUGCAGGGUGCAAGUCAGAUCUCUUCUCCCCUGACAAAACUCUUGUCUGCUGGACACAGACCGUCAUGACUUAAAUCCAGCCAAGUAAAUUCAGGCCAUCGCAAGGUCUCCGGGACACCUUGAACUGCCUCCGGUUCACCCGAGGAGGCCAUUGGCGGAGAGGCGUCACGUGACCACGGGGUGCCAAUGUUAUUCUACAAGGGUGUCAAGACCCUGUCAGUUUCUGAAAUAAAUAUUGGGAAACGGCGAGAUGCAAAAGGCAACCUACUACGACAGCUCUGCAAUUUACAGUGGCUACCCAUAUCAAAGCGCAAAUGGCUUCGGUUAUGAUGCCAAUCAGGUCCAAUAUCCCCGGGCCUCUCAUGUGGAAAGUGAGUACCAUCGACCUGCCUGCUCCCUGCAGUCUCCUGACGGCUCCGUGGCUCUGCAGAAGCCGGGGGAGAUGGCGGAGAGCUGCGACAGGACCACAGCCAUUCAGGCGGCGCAGUCCAAGGUUCAUUCCGAAAGCAAUCAACCGCAGGUGCCAGUGUCAGGCCCACCCCCUCCGUCACAAUCCCCCGGUGCUAUCAGCCAAAACACAAGCAACGGGUCCAACCAGCCCAAUGCCAAGAGCGGCUCCCCGACCUCUGCUGCUCGCAGCAAACAGAUCUUCCCCUGGAUGAAGGAAUCCCGUCAGAACACCAAGCAGAAGCCCACCAGUAGCUCCAGCUCAGUGGAGAGUUGCCCCGGAGACAAGAGUCCUCCGGGGUCAGCAGCAUCAAAGAGGGCCCGGACAGCUUACACCAGCGCCCAGCUAGUGGAGCUGGAGAAGGAGUUCCACUUUAACCGGUACCUCUGCAGACCCCGGAGGGUGGAGAUGGCUAACCUGCUCAACCUCACCGAGAGACAGAUCAAAAUCUGGUUCCAGAACCGCAGGAUGAAGUACAAGAAGGAUCAGAAAGGCGUCGGAAUGAUGCCUUCCCCUGGCGGACAGUCCCCGCGGAGUCCCGUGGGCCCGGCCUCCGGUGGUGGCGGCGGUGGGGGAGGCGGAGGAUACCUCAACUCUAUGCAUUCUCUCGUAAACAGUGUACCUUAUGAGUCCCAGUCGCCCACGUCUUACAAUAAACCUCAUCAAAAUGCAUACGGUAUGGCCACGUCAUAUCCCCCCGCUCUGAACAGCUCCCUCAACAACUGCCCGCCCUCCCAGAAGAGGUAUCCCGGGACCGACUCGGCCACGCCCGAUUAUGACGCGCAUCCUCUGCAAGGCAAUGGCAACUACGGGACACACAUGCAGGGCAGCCCCGUUUAUGUCGGCGGAGGCUACAUCGACUCACUGCCCAAUUCUGGGGCCUCCGUGUUCGGUCUGACCCACCUCCCGCACCCGCCGUCCGCAAACAUGGACUACAAUGGAGCAAUCACAAUGGGCAACAGUCAGCAUCACGGAGUGUGUGAUCCCACACCGACGUACACAGACCUAACGCCGCACUACUCUCAGGGAAGAAUCCAGGAAGCGCCCAAACUGACGCAUCUGUAGCGGUGGCGCUGCCCGGAUCACUCCGCCCAUUGUCUUACCCACCUCCAGACACAUUACCGCUUUGUUUCUGCGCCUCCUCACGGCUUCUCUCUGCUUUUGUUUAUGUUUUCUAUAGUUUGAUGUGUGAAGUAGCGUAGGAUAAAUAAUCACGACUUGCUUGAAUUUUUCUCUAUUUGCUUGUGUCAUUGUCUCACGAAGACCUUUAUCUGGGCUGUAGGACGUCUAGAGCGGGAGGGAGGGGGGCACAGUAUAUGCAUAGGCCUAUUUAAUCUUUUGGUUGUUUUGUUUUUUUUUAAUCUUUUUUUUUUUAAUUGAAACUCAAACAGGGUAUUAUGAACGUAUGUUAUUCAUUUUAAUGUGAAUUUGUCCGUCUUUUAUUUAUCCGCAGUUGAAGAAUUGUGUUUUGCAGUUUGUUGCACUUGUGAAAAGAUCCCUCGAGAGCCACGAGCUUGGAUUACGAGGGAAAUACAUUUUCAAAAAACAAGGGUCAUAGGCUCACACGCAACCUCCCUUGCUUGUGUUUUGUUCUAUUGGACUUUCUAAUGUUAUUUAUUUUGUUCGGUGUAAAGAUAAAAGAGUCCUUUAGUAUUACCUGACCGCCCUGCGAUCAUUGUGUGGGGUGAAGGUUGGCGGAUAUAAGAGUCUCAGCCCUUUUCCAGCCCAUACGUGUAGUCUGCAGAAGCUCCCCAGUAGCAGCAGCAGCAGCAGCAGCAGCAGCAGCAGCAGCAGCAGCAGCAGCAGCAGCAGCAGCAGCAGCAGCACACCGUGUUGCUAUUAUAGCCUAAGUUUCCAUUUUUUUCUUCUUCUUCGAGGAGGUGUUUUAUUUUCUCAGCGAAUGUAAAAUCAAUCAGUCAUGCAAUAAGGGUGGAAAGAAGGACACACGUUAGCAGUUUCUUUAUUGAAGAAAAAUGAAACAGACAUCAUCAUUUUUUUUUUCGAUGUCAUACAUUCCAUGCUGCUCCAGUUCGAAGAAAUAAAUAAAAGAAUUGAAAUAUAAUUGUAGCAUAUCCUUCAGUUUUAAUCUAGGCACAUCAGAGGAAUUUCACAUGAUCACAAAAUUAAAUAAAUAGCCAUUUCUUAAAUAAAAAACAAAUAUUUACUUCUAGUUUUGCCAUUAUUACAUUUUAUUAUCAUUAUAAAUUUCGUGGCAUAAAAUUGUCGAGGUAAUAAAAGCAAAAAUGCAUUUUUAGACAAUUGG